AUGGAUUCUAUAGACAACAUGAAAGUUGAACAAUCUAGUCCAAUACAAAAUACAAAUCUAUUUAGUCGAUUUAGUAGUGUAAGAUCCCUACAUCCUAGACAUCAUAGUAGUAGCAGUAGUCAUGAAGAUGAUGACAGUGAAGACAAAGGUUCACCAAAUAAUUACACAGAAAAGCGACGAGAAGCUCAUAUCCAAUCUGAACAAAAACGUCGUGAUGCCAUAAAAAAAGGCUAUAAUUGUUUACAAGAUUUAGUUUCAACUUGUCAGCAAACUGAUAUCAGCGGUUACAAACUCAGCAAAGCAACAGUGUUACAAAAAUCUGUAGAUUAUAUACAAAAUUCAUUGUGGCAAAAUAAAAUAUUUGAAAAAGAACGAAAUGCUUUACAAAAAGAAGUUGUUGCAUUACGAAUAAUGCAUACUAAUUAUGAACAAAUGGUAAAUGCUCAACAAAUUCCAAUGGGUCACGUUGAAGCUAGAAUUCCCGACGAAGAAAAAUUUCAAAUGUUUCAGAAUAUUAUCGAUGGAUUGUUUUUUACAUUUCGUAACAUUAAUGUAAACGAUUUUACUGAACUUUCUGCUUGCGUAUUCAGUUGGGUUGAAGAACACUGUAAACCUCAGACAUUACAAAAUUUAAUAGAAACUGUUAUUGAAAAGGAAACUAAGAGUCAUACAACUACCUCGUUCGACAAAACUUCACCAUAA